AUGGGCCAGACGAAACCAACAACCUCUAUGUCGACCCCGAGUUCGUCAAAACAGGACCUAUUCGAGCAAGCCUCCUACCAGACAGUCGCAAGGGCUUUAGCAAAAGCGAAAUUCACCAAGAACGAUUUCAACCACCUACGACGAUUCCGAGUCUUUCUACUACAGAACCCAACCUUCAGACACAAGAAACGACUCCUCGCUGAACCAGGCGUACUCGAAGACCUAACCGAGCUCUCCUACUGGGAAAUAGACGAAUUCAACGCCUUCUACAGAGACAUCAUUAAGAGAGCCAGACGCGAAGGAGCGCUGCCACCCGACGACGAACUCUCAGUCUACGCUUCAUCGACGGAUACGACACUCGAGCCGUCAGGACCGACAACUGAGGCAUCGAAUACGGAUCCUUCGCAGGAAAAAGGAAAAGAACCGGAACUAGCAGCGUCGACGGCACUGGGGAAGCGAAAGACCCCGAAUCGACCAGCGCUAUCAGACCCGAUACAAAGCCUCGGUCCUAACACCCCUGACGCCGACUACCUCACCGCUUCGACCUUCCGUCUCUCGCCGAAUCCGACGCUAGGACGUCAGAACCAUCCUCGCGUCCACCAACCAAGCGCGCGAACGGAAGCACCGGAAAUUACGGAUCCGACAGCUCGACCCCCGGUUCCCAGCAUGAACCAGUCAGACCCAACCGCGGGAGGCCAUUACGGUGAGGCGAACGCCGGUUCCGGAAGAAACGAGAUUGGAAAUAGAAGACUCUUACCGGCGAUCCCCGACGGCAAGGCGGAUGAUCGACCUCCUCGAGCGAAACUACGGAUUGAAGCUGGAGGAUGUGGGACUCGCUGGCGUACAAGCAGGUCCCGAUGGAAUGCAACCCCAAGCCCAUCCUCCGCAACCGGCCCAGCAUCCGGCCCAGCAACCGGCUCAGCACCCAGUCCCGCAGCACUGGAUGCCAGAACCAACGAGCAGAAUCCAAUAUUCGGCACCAGCACCGUCGAUACCACCAUGGCAGAACUCGUCAGGGCAAUUCCAAGGAUGGAAUGGAACACACUCUCAGGCGCAGCAUCCGACCCUCCACGCGACGCAUCCAACCCAGCCGCCAUACGCCCCCUAUCCCGCUAUGGCCUCGACUCCACCAUAUCAGGAGCCUCACCGAGGAAAUUAACUCCCCCUAUGACCGAGUGGGGCAGGAUGGCCACGGAUGACGGAACCACCAAUGGAGCCAUUCACGUCAUCUACCGCAAGUGGCGAAGACUACUCGACGACCGAGAGAGGCAGACCUAUAUCGCAUCAAUCAGCGCCUUCCUCGACGCGGUGAAAACCGAAUUUGGCAUAGAACUUCAAGAAGCUCUAGAAUGGCUAGACCAAGCCUAUUUCACCCUCAAGGACGUAGAAAGCGACCGACCGCUACGAGAUUUCUCCGCAAGAAUCUUCGACGUAUCCAGAGUAGUGGGAAAGGCCACAGACCUCGAGCUGCUUACCCGCUUUUACGCCAAAUUACACCCAGAGCUACGGCAACUCUGCAGGGCACCGGUAGAAUCCGACGAACGAUCUAAAUACAUCAAUAUAGUAGACAGCAAGAGGAAGACCUUGCGCGAAAAGUUAAAAGCGGCACGCAACGGGAAGACCGGAAACGGAGCGAAGAAGCUCCAAUAUAGCGAAAAACAUACGUAUACCACCAACGAAAGGGACGAUAAAGGAUCCGAACCCGAGGAUUCGGCACUAUGGGGCAACGACCGCCCAUGGAACAGAGGCUAUAGGGACCGAAACCGCCCUCCUCGUAGCUAG